CGCCCAGACAUCUCGAAAUGUCGCUAGGGAGGUCUACGUCUGAGUUUACGCCGAGAGAGAAUGAGGAUUUGGAUGGUCGUCAGAGGUGGAUGGCAGGGUGAAGGAUUGGAUGCACUCGGGCGGCGACCUCUAGGCUACGCUUCACAUACCUCUGAAUCUUCGCUGACCUAGCUUGUUAUGCGUCUUAUAUAGGCCCGAGGACCGAAAAAGCAUUUGAAGCGCCUCGCCGCUCCUUCGUCAUGGAUGCUCGACAAGUUGGACGGUACUUAUGCUCCCCGCCCUUCACCCGGUCCCCACAAGCUCCGGGAGUCUCUCCCUCUCACUGUCUUCCUCCGUAACAGGCUGAAGUAUGCUCUGACUGCCAAGGAGGUCCUCUCCAUUGUCAUGCAGCGCCUGGUCAAGGUUGAUAACAAGGUCAGGACCGACCCCACUUACCCAGCUGGCUUCCAGGAUGUCAUCUCCCUCGAGAAGUCCGGCGAGCACUUUCGUCUUCUCUACGACGUCAAGGGCCGCUUUACUGUCCACCGUAUCACCCCCGAGGAGGCUACCUACAAGCUUCUGAAGGUCAAGAAGAUUGGUAUUGGUGCUAAGGGCGUCCCAUACAUUAUCACCCACGACGGCCGCACUAUCCGUUACCCUGACCCUCUGAUCAAGGUCAACGACACCGUCAAGUUCGAGUUCGAGACUGGCAAGAUCACCGAUUUCGUCAAGUUCGACACUGGUAACAUUGUCAUGGUCACUGGUGGUCGUAACAUGGGCCGUGCUGGUGUCAUCGUCCACCGUGAGAAGCACAUUGGUGGCUACGACAUUGUCCACAUCAAGGACUCUCUUGACCGCACCUUCGCUACACGAAUCUCGAACGUCUUCGUCAUUGGUGAGGGCAUCAAGCCUUGGAUCUCCCUUCCCCGGGGCAAGGGUACCAAACUCACCAUCACCGAAGAGCGGGACGUGCGCAGGAGACAACGAGCUGCCGAGCAGUAGGCGGGUUGUAUUAUUCUUUUCCCAUUCGUACUGCUUUCCACUGCAUUAUGUCAUGUUAUGUGUGCUCUUCCACGACGCCGAAAACUGCAAUAUGCAUGAUGUCCUCGGGCUGGUGCUCUUC